UUGGGGUGCACAGUCUUGCCCCAAGGACUCGUCGACAUGCGGAGCCGGGGAUCGAACCGACAACCCUGCGGCGCCCAACUCACAGAGACUCCACCUUGUUACCGCUCCACCGAAGGGUUGGGUCAGACCAUUGGAGCGGAAAGGAAGAGGAAGCAGAGCUAACUCGAGAGACACGCGUCUUUGGACCACAUUACCAGCGUGCCUUCGACACUUUCCGAAGAUAAUUGGGACACAACAAUACAAGAUGGCAAACAUGCUUCAAGGGAUUCAGGAGAUUGGCUCACAUGCCAUGGAUAUCUAUGACUACCUCUUGGCGGGACUCGAUCCACGGCUGAAGGAGUAUCCACUGAUGCAGGGUCCUAUUCCCAUGUCCACAAUAUUGCUGUGCUACCUGUUCUUUGUACUGUACCUUGGACCUCGCAUAAUGGCCAAUCGCAAGCCAUUCCAGCUAAAGGAAGCCAUGAUAGUCUACAACUUCAUGCUAGUGGCAUUGUCAAUAUUCAUCGUUUAUGAGUUCUUGAUGUCUGGGUGGACCACAACGUAUACCUGGCGAUGUGAUCCAGUUGAUACCUCUGACAGUCCUGAAGCACUACGAAUGGUGCGAGUGGCCUGGCUGUUCUGGUUCUCCAAGAUUAUUGAGCUCAUUGACACCGUCUUCUUCGUUUUGAGGAAAAAGCACGGCCAGAUCACCUUCCUUCACAUCUUCCACCACUCUUUCAUGCCCUGGACAUGGUGGUGGGGAAUUGCCUAUGCUCCUGGUGGAAUGGGAUCUUUCCAUGCCAUGGUGAAUUCAUCCGUCCACGUCAUCAUGUAUUUCUACUACGGCCUUGCUGCUGCUGGACCACGCUUCCAGAAGUUUUUGUGGUGGAAAAAAUACAUGACUGCCAUUCAGCUGACCCAGUUUGUCCUGGUAUCUCUCCACGCUACCCAGUAUUACUUCAUGGACAGCUGCGACUACCAGUUCCCUAUGAUCGUUCACCUCAUCUGGAUGUAUGGAACCUUCUUCUUCGUGCUAUUCUCCAACUUCUGGGUCCAGGCAUACGUGAAGGGUAAGCGGUUGCCGAAACAGGACAUUAAGCAGUGUCAGAACGGCACGGCUGUCUACACCAACGGCAAACACCACGAAAACGGCAACAGCAUCAAGCACGGGGCCAGCAACGGCUCUGCUCCCCACGAAAACGGCAGCUGUCACGUGGGCAAGAUGAAGAAGGCCUAGUAUCUCUAGAAGGAAACGCCGAAGAAGUACAACCCAGAACUACUGCGGAUUCCAAAGAUAAUUUUGGCUGUGUUUCUUUUCCUGUUUUUAUUUUUUUAUGCAAAACAUGGGGAAAUGACGUGGUCAAUGAUAUCCACAGUAGGGGUUCCACAUUUUGUUGGUUUGUUCGUUCGUUUCUUUGAGUUGGAAAUCCAUUUAUGGAACACAAUGUAUGAAGAGAAGAUGUUUUGACCUAAAUGUUAUCUUCACUGACGUUCAAACAACCUCCUCGUUCAGUAUCCCGCCACCCCGCUUGCCUUUGCUACUUAUCUGACCCCCAUGUCCUCCUGACCCCCUGUGGACAGAUGACUGUACAGUUUCUAUCAAACUUGAAAAUACUUUUUGUAAAUAGUUUUACAACACCAAAAAAAACAACUAAUUGUAUUGGUAUGCUUUAGACAAAAUUUUGUUAUACAUUUAUGUAUUUAAAAUUUAAAUGCCAAUAAAUUCAAUUUAAAUUA